CAAGAUGCUUUUGAUCUUGUUGCAAAGUUCAACAAAAUCGACCUUGAUGGUAAUAGUGCUCUCGAACAAAAAGAAGUUGUAAAGGCUUUACAAGCAAUAAGUGAAAGUACUUCAUAUGACAAAAUCCGAGCUACCUUGAAAGAAAUCAACUUAAGUUCAACAGGCAAUGUUGAUAUUGAAAAAUUCAUUGAGCUUAUUGUAAAACUUAGAGAAGGUCGUAAUAAAACUGCUUUUGCAGUUAACAAACAAAAAAUCACUAUUCAUGGUAUCAGUCAAAAUGUUUUACACACCAUUAAUGAAGAUGAAAAAACUGAAUUCACGAGGCAUAUCAAUCAGGUACUAAUUAAUGACUCUGAUGUUAAGAAUAAAAUCCUAAUAGAUACAAAUACUAUGCAAUUAUUUGAUGAAUGUAAAAAUAGGUUAAUUUUCGCAAAACUUAUUAAUGACUUCGUACUAGACAAAAUUGAUGAACAAGUUCUAAAUAUGCCUGUAAAGGGAAAGAAAGUCAAUAAGUUUAAGAUGACAGAAAAUAAUAAUUUAGUAAUUUUUUCCGCAAAAGGCAUUGGUUGUAAUGUUGUCUUAUCUGGCAGAUUAUCAAGUUUGACUAUUAAACAAAAUAGAUAUAAAACUUCACCUAGAGUUGUAUCGACUUUGAAAGAUGAUGAAACACUUGAACAAUUUUUAAAAUUACUUCCAGAUCGAAUUUUGUUACGAUGGUUUAAUUAUCAUUUAAAAGCUGCUAAAUGGAAUCAAAGGGUUAAGAAUUUUAGCAAAGAUGUCAGUGAUAGUGCAAAUUAUACAGUUCUUUUAAAUCAACUUAAACCUAAUCUUUGUUUACGAGACCUGUUAAAUAUUCCUGAUCUUCUAGAACGUGCUGAGAAAGUUCUGCAAAAUGCUGAGAAAUUAGGAUACAGAAAAUAUUUAAUUCCAAAGGCUCUUGUUGCUGGAAACCCAAAGUUAAAUUUGGUUUUUAUAGCUCAUCUAUUUAACACUCAUCCCUGUUUGGAUUCACUUGACAAAGAAGAAAAGGUUGAACUUGAAGAAUUUGAUAAUAGGGUAUAA